AUGUCUUCUCGAAUGAUGAAAUAUUUGCAAGUCAAUUGCCAAACUCGGCGAACAGAUCAACAGCCGCCUGUCCGACAACCAACGGACAGACUUGGGCAACCUGGCAGUAUCCCAGCCCUCUUGCAACCUUCUGGUGGCAUGGCAGUUAGGCGCCGAAAGGGUGCUACAGCUGAACCAAAGGCCGGAAAGUUUUUUUCUUCAGUCGUCUGUUAA